AUGCACCACACCCCCCAAGACCUCGAAGCCUCCCCCUCCCCCCUCACCUCCCCACCCCACAAACCCUCCCUCCAAUCCCUCCACUCCGCCAACUCCGUCGCCGAAUUAGGCCACAUUGAAGAAGCCCUAACCCGAAAAUUCGACACACGGUCCAUGUUAUCCCUCGCCUUCUGCGUCUUAGGAACAUGGUCAACAUUUGCUCAAGGCCUCUCCUCGGGGCUGAAAAACGGGGGUCCGGUGGCGAUCCUUUGGGGUUUGGGACUUGUGUUUUUUUGUAAUAUGUGUGUGGCGGUCAGUCUGGGGGAGUUGACGAGUUGUAUGCCGACGGCGCUGGGACAGGGGUAUUGGGUGCAUAGACUUGUUGAUAAUGGGUGGGGGAGGGGGGUUAAUUUUUUAUUUUAUUUUAUUCAAUGUCGGGGUGUUUUUAAUGAUGAUGGGGUGGAGGUGGUGAUUGAUGAUCUAGCUAUGCCUUGGAUUUCUGGUAUCGUGGGAAUCACAGCUCUUUUCACCGUGGUAAAUUUGAUCGCGUGUCGAAGAGAUAAGUUCUUGCCGAUGUUCAAUAAUGCUGUGGGUGUUGGGUUUGUGGGCUUGUUCUUCGUCUUCGCACUUGCGCUGCUGAUAUCCGUCGGGAUCAAGAGGAACAUGGCGUAUCAGUCUGCGGGGUUCGUGUUCGGAGACUGGAUAAAUCAGACAGGGUGGAGUAAUGGUGUGGUCUGGUUCCUGGGACUCUUGCAAUCUGCGUAUGGGCUUACGGCUUUCGAUUCGGUGAUUCACUUGGUAGAGGAGAUUCCAGCUCCGAGGAAGAAUGCCCCUAGGGUCAUCUGGCUUGCAGUCCUUUUGGGAGCAAUCACUGGAUUCAUCUUCAUGGUCGUCUGCCUCUUCUGCAUUCAGGAUCUGGCGACAGUCGAAGACGGGCCCACGGGAUUGCCAUUCAUUGAGUUGGUGCAACAAACUGUUGGCUUGGAGGGUGGCGCUACUCUCAUUGCCCUAUUCAUUUUCAAUGGGCUCGGCCAGGGCGUCAGCAUCGCAACUACUGGAAGUAGAUUGACCUGGGGUUUUGCGAGAGACGGCGGCAUUCCUUGGAGCCAGUACUUUGCAGCAGUCAAUCCUACAUGGAAGGUUCCGGCGAGAGCGCUGUGGCUGCAAGGAUUUAUCAUCGCAUUGAUCGGUGUUCUCUACCUCUUCGCCAACACUGUCCUAGAGGCCGUCUUGAGCGUGAGCACGAUUGCUCUGACGAUUUCUUACGGGAUGCCCAUUGGGUGUCUGCUAAUUGUCGGUCGCGACAAGCUGCCUCCAGGUGGCCAGUUCAGUCUCGGCAAGUAUGGUCCUUUGUGCAACUGGAUUUCCGUCGUCUACUGCAGCGUCACCACGGUGUUCUUCUUCUUCCCGGGCACACCAAACCCAACACCUAGUGACAUGAACUUCGCUAUUGCUGUCUUCGGAGUCAUGCUGGUCAUCGCUCUUGGAUUUUGGUUUAUAACCGGAAAGGGCACAUAUUUGAAGACAGACGACUCGGCAAUGAGAAUAGAGCUCGCAAGGAGGCUCGAAGGUGACGGGCCUGAAGUCCCAGUGGCAGUACCGACGAAGCCUAUAAAAUAGCUUUCACUUACAAAUGCGAUUAAAGUUUCCAUGAACCCCUGGGUCGUGCCCUUGCAUGAAUCGACCCUUCACCUGAAGCUCACCUGGUCAGGAAGACAUCUGGUGAGUUCGUCCCACUCGUUGCUGUAGAUAUGAGGUAAGGCCAUCUCAUUCGUUCCUGAGUUUCCAGCAGGAUACACCGGAUGAAGACUUGUUACAGAUUCAUGCUUGCGCAGUGCUUCUAGGAACACCUCUUGGUGCUCGGAGUAUGGCCGGGAAACAUGCGUUGUGAUGUUUCUAAAGACAAUGUUGUGACUGCUGUGUGGUGUAUGCGAGUGCAAAGCAAGCAAAGUAGAAUACUCUCACUCCUCUCCGCAGCAUGUGCCUUGCUCUUGAGUAGUCACUGUUUGGAAGAUGAUAUCGUACUUCAAAUCUUGCUCGGCCUUGGUUCGAGGAAGAGCGCUUCGCCAGUCGCACACACAACAAUUUCACCAUCGUCGUCUUCACCAUUGCCAGUACAUUGCUUAAGCUCGCCAGCAAGCCAUUCUUUCCUACCCUCUUUCUUCACCCGUCUUGUUGUCACCAUGAUGGCUCCAGGUGUGCGGACUGGAAGAAGAUAGGUGAUUUUCAGCUCUCUCGUGAAGGCGGUAACAUCAUGCGGCGGUAACUCUCCAAAUGCUUUUCCACGCUUUACAGCGGCUAUGUGUGUUCUUUCAAUGUUGAUAGACUGGCAUAUCCCCAUGCAUUCGUCCAAUAUCGUUGCUGUGAUACCGCCGUGUAUCAUGUCCGUAUGCCCAUUCAUGCCAUUUCCAACAGUCAAAACAGUUGUGACUUCUGGUACAGGAUCAUCAUCGUUCUCCGGCUUCUUAUAGAAGCUUAUCGUGCUUCGUAUAGUUCUCGGAGUCUUGAGGAUCUCUGCCCAUAAUGAAUCUUCUCCAUCCGGUUUCGGCAUUCGCCCAUUCGAUACCCGACACACGAUGCCAGGUUGAUUGAUCUUACGAGCGAUCCAAGGUAUUCGCAUGAAGGUUGCUUUCGUGUCUGCAGGAGCCAUGUCGUCGUUCGCGGCGGUGGGAUCGGUUUCCGCAGAGCCAAACGGCAUGCGAGGGGAGUAAGGGUUGGUGUAUUUGUAUGGCAGCCCCAUAGCUUACGAUUUCAUGAG